AUGGUGCGGAAACGUAUCGAAGGCCCCCUUUGGCUGGGUUGGUUGUCGAGAUUGAGCUUAUGGUGUGGUGGUGGUUGUUGCCUCGUACCUAUCAAACUUCACACCCCCUUGGAAGGACUGACUUGCUUCCCCCUUCACGUCAACGUCUCAGCAAGACCAAGGUUACUUCAUCGGAUGACCAUGCUAAUGGCUCCGACCAGUUCUAUUACCCCCCCUAUCCAGCUGUCUUGGGUUCUUCUGUCACGACCAGUCAAGGGGCCUUCGAGGAGGUAUCCUGACACCGGCAGUCGAUCACUUUCGGCCUUGACACGGGCAACGUGGACCAGCGAUCCAUGUCCGUGUCUACCUGCCAUUACGGUUCCUUGCUUUUUUUUUUUUGUCCCGGGAAUAAAUGAAGGUUUGCGUCCUGCCAAGAUGUGA